UGGUAAUCGACUCUUCUGAUUCACUACCAAACAUCGGCUCUUUUGCUCACAGCACAUCUCUUAGUCGUCGCCUCGGCUGGAUAUCCCGGAGCUCUCUCCGACUUCAGGUCUCCCAUGUGACACCCACGUAAGGACACAGAGGAUAAAACCAGGCACUUUCUCCACGAUGGUGACAGCAAAUUAGUCCUGUCCGCACUCCAAUGGAAGCUCCCGUCAUCGCUGCCACUGCUCCUCCGAACUCCUCGGCCACGCUGCCCCCGCCGGUGCCCCUGCGUCCGGCUGUCGCCCCGUCCGUCCAGCUGGGCUUCACCAUCCUCUACACCGCUCUGUACGCCGGCCUCUUCCUGGUGGUGUACGUGCAGCUGUGGCUCCUCCACCUCUACAGGCACAAGAGAUGGAGCUACCAGAGCUUCUUCCUGUUCCUCUGCCUGCUGUGGUCCGCGCUCCGCACGACCCUGUUUUCUUUUUACUUCCACAACGCCCUGGAAGCAAACCACCUGCCUGCCACCGCCUACUGGCUGCUCUACUGCUUCCCCGUGUGUCUGCAGUUUUUCACCCUCAGCCUCAUUAAUCUGUACUUUACUCAGGUUUUACUCAAAGCAAGAGAGACUUACAGCACGGAUGUGGACAAAGGACUGUUUUUUGCGCGUGGCGUAUACGGUGCGCUGAGCAUCAUCUUCCUCACCGUGAACGCGGUGUGCGCUGGUCUCGGGGACCGAGGCAGCCGUGGCGGGGCCGGGGAGCGGACCUGGAAUCUAGUCCUGGUCCGAGUUCUGGUCAACGACUUGCUCUUCAUCCUGGACGCGGUGCUGCUGGCCGCCCUGCUGCUGCUCCUGACCCGACACUCGCGCUCCACCAGCCCCUACCUGAUCAGCAAGGGGACCACAGUGUGUCGCACAGCAGCGCUCGGAGCAGCAGUGAUCUUCUUGUUCGCCAGUCGAGCCUGUUACAACCUGACUGUCCUCAUUCUGUCCCAAAACUAUCAAGUGGAGUCCUUCAACUUUGACUGGUACAACGUCUCUGACCAGGCCGACCUACAAAGCGAACUCGGUGACAGGGGCUACCUGGCCUUCGGCGCCAUCCUCUUCAUAUGGGAGCUGCUCCCGACCAGCCUGCUCAUCCUCAUAUUCAGAGUUCGCCGACCCGCUCAGGAGAGCAACACCAGCAGAGUCCUGCCCCGUCCGUAUUUCUUUGACGACCCUCAAGGCAGCGACGAGGACGUGUCCGUUCCAUGGGUGCGCAGCUCGAAUCCACACCCAAGCUGGUACGGAUCAGAGACCGCUCCUCUCCUGUUUUCCACCAACCCAUCCGACCUCAACCACCAGCACCACACGUUCUACUCCACCCCUCAGAACUGAGCCCCGACCCUCAGCCGUUCUCAGGUCCGACGCAACCCGCAAUGACGUUCAUCUCAAGGACGCGCAGCAGCAGCAGCAGCAGCAUCAGCAGCAGCAGUAGAAGUACCACCUCACUCUGAAAACCUCAGGAAACCACCAGCAAACAGUGAACUUGCACUUUUUUAGUUUUGGAACGGAGAGCGUAUUUGUUGAAUGUGAAUCUAUCAAAAAAAAAAAAAAAAGGGAACAAGCUUUAAACGUCGUCCUCAGUUAGAUCCUCGUGAAGGUUGAGCUGAGAUCGAGCUGCAGGCUCUUAGCUUAUUUUUAAAGUAAUUUUCUCACUGUACCAGGUAAACUACUCCUAAAUACGGCGCGUUUAGCUUCGUUUACAUUCCUUAAAACACGGGGCAGUUCACGUGAUAAAAGAAGAAGUACUGUUUUAAGACCAGUAAUGUCUCUUGGCACAUUCCUUUACACCAGCAGGCUGUUUACUGAUCAGUGAUCCAAACAUGGCUGCAGGUAUGACUGUGUUUCCUCCCUCUAAGGCCAGUAUCCCCCCUCCCUCCCCUCCUCUUGUAUAAUUAUAUUUUGAUAUUUGAAGUUUAACUUAUUUUAUGAAUAUGAUUCUACCUUUAAUUGUAGGUCAAAUAAAUUAAUGCUUGUUUUUGAGGUUACCACAUGAAAUUUACUAUGUAAACAGGAAACCAAUAAAAACUUUUCUGAAAAACGUGUGUCGUCUGUUGUGGGAAUCAUAUGUCAUUAUAAAUCAAAGCGUGUGAACCACCAGUGGAUAUGACUUUACUUUUGUCUGACACCGUCCGAUAAAAAACCCUGUUUAAACCAUUUUACAUCCGCUUUAUUUUACAGGUCUGCAGUGUCGCCGUAUAUAAUAUGUUACAUCUAAGAAUAGAUAAAAAAAUAAAUAAUUUGAAAGACGUCCAGAGAGAAAACGCAUCAUUAAAGACAUAUAAGACACGUGGUCGAUUAAUUUUUAAACGAAUAUGUGGUUUAAACCUUUGUUUCAAGGAAAAUACCAAAAUACACUUCUAUGAAACUAUUUCACUAUAACCGACCUGUACAAGGACAAGAACAUCGACAGUGACACAAGGAGACAUUUGUUUGUUUUUUUUUAUUCCUGUAACUCAACCCGUUCAUUUUCAACCUUUUGCAGAAUGAUCUGUGUGAAACCAGAGGUUAAAACUUUAGCCCUGCAGACACUCGGCUGGAGUGGAUCAGGGGAUGGAUGUCUUCUAAAAAGGGGACAGUUUCCCCAGUACAUGAUUGAACAGUGGCUCAUUUAUAUUUUGAAACCCUGUUGGGUUGUUUCCUUUCACGCCGACAGUCAACACAAGGAUCCUGGUUGUCAAUCAUACCAUGAGCUGGGGGGGUGGGGGGCCUCUAUGGCUCAAUGGAAAACUCCAGCAGAGCCACUAAAUGGACCUUGUGAUGUAAUUGUUUUGGUCAAGAACAUUGACUGUGUACACUAUGGACAAACCCAUCGUGAUGUCACCCACUGGAUUCUGAACCAAGGAAACGAAGCCCAAAGGGUUUGACUCCGCCCACAUGAGGAUACUCCAAAUAUGGACAUGGGGGGGUGGUUGUGUUGGACAUUGAGAACCGCCCACCCAACUCUCCGCUCCCCGUUAGCUCAGGCUAGGAAGGAACUUUAGCCUUAAUUUUGCAGAAUUUUAAACCUUCAUAAAAAAUAAAUGUCACAGUAUUAUUUUCCCCUCAAUGGCCCCCGAGCAACUUGGGUUCUUCCAUUUUAAUUGUUCUUUCCCAUUUUACAACAAAGAACAAUUAAACAUACAUACAGUUGUCGUGAAUAGUGAAAUGAACUAUUGAGACCAAAAUCAUUUUUUUGUACCAGGCUGUAAACAUGUUUGGGCUUUUUAACAUGGGGGUUUAUGGGGGUUUGCGCCCUUUUGGAGCCUCAAGUGGCCACUCGAUGAACUGCAGCUUUUUGCAUUGACUUCAUCGCUUCUUUGUCUAGAAUAAACUUUAAAUCUCUUUAAAGCAUGUUUUGUUCUAUGUGAACCAAAUGUGACUAAUGUGCAGUUUUAUUUCCUGCUUUUACUUGUUCUUCUCUAAUGUCAAUUAGACGUUUGAAAAGACAACAACAGCAAAAAACUUUUCCCCUAU